AUGUCAAUUGACAAGGCGAAAGGCCCCAAGCUCGAUGUGGACGAAUUCCUGACGUUGGCGAUCUCGGAGACACCGCAGGAGCUGCACGCGUUCUUUGAGUCCUUCCGGUCAUUACACAGCCGUAAACUGUGGCACCAACUGACCAACAAGCUCUUCGAAUUCUUCGAUCACUCGCUCUCCAAACCUUACUGCGUGGAUGUCUUCAACAAGUUCGUGCGGGACUUCGAGUCUAGGCUCAACCAGUUGCGACUGGUAGAAAUGGGUGUGAAGGUGUCAAAAGAGAUUGACAACCCCGUCACCCACCUGCAGUUCUUGACGGACCUUCUUGAACGGGUGAACACUGAGAAGUCCCCUGAGGCACACGUCCUCCUCCUGUCCUCUCUUGCGCACGCGAAGCUUCUGUAUGGGGACCAUGAGGGAACAAAGAACGACAUCGAUGCGGCAUGGAAGGUACUGGACGAGCUGUCAAGCGUCGACCCUUCCGUCAACGCGGCAUAUUAUGGGGUCGCUGCGGACUACUACAAGUCGAAGGCGGAGUACGCACCAUACUACAAGAACUCCCUCCUAUACCUUGCGUGCAUCGACCCCGCAAAGGACUUGACGGCCGAGGAGCGUCUGCUUCGCGCGCACGACCUCGGCAUUGCUGCCUUCUUAGGAGACACGAUCUACAAUUUCGGCGAACUGCUCAUGCAUCCCAUCCUUGAUGCGCUUGAUAGCACACCGCACGAGUGGAUCAAGAAGCUGCUGUUCACCUUCAAUGAGGGCAACAUCGGCAAAUUCGAGGCACUCUCCCCCCUCUUCCCGAAGGAGCCGAUCCUGCAAGAAAACUACCCGUUCCUGCGACAGAAGAUCUGUCUUAUGGCACUCAUCGAGUCCGUGUUCAAGCGAGGCGCGUAUGACAGAACUAUGUCGUUCCAGACCAUCGCCGAGGAGACGCAUUUGCCCCUGGACGAGGUCGAGCAUCUGGUAAUGAAAGCGCUGAGCUUGAAGCUGAUCAAGGGCUCGCUGGACCAGGUGGACCAGAAGGCGCAAAUCACCUGGGUCCAGCCAAGGGUGCUCUCGAGGGACCAGAUCGGGCAGCUUGCGCAGCGUCUCGCCGGGUGGAAUGCGAAGUUGCAUCAGGUGGAAGAGCGCAUUGCCCCGGAGGUCUUGGUGAACAGCUAA